GUCAGUUAACCAGCACCAAGCGCCCAGUCCACAGAAACAAGACUGCUAUAACAUAUUCCUAUGGCUCACUGUGAUUAUUCCACUCGAUCCUACCGUUUCAAUCUGCGAUGAACCAAGGGGAGAAUACUAUUCCCACCGCCCAGACGAGUCACAGCCCAUCCUUCCAAACGCCGGACAGGCCUUCUUCGGGAGCACGCCGUUCGACCAGUAUAGCGAAUGCAGCCAAGGGCCAGUCCUGGUGCGACCCGCCGGCGUCUUCUUCGUUCUCCGCAAGGUCGUCCAAACGAAAUCAUGUCCCUAGCACGUUAGAUCAAACCACCCUCACGCAGAUCGACUUUGUGACGCCCACACCCCCGCCAGCCCGCGCAGAUGAAAGCCUCCAGUACCUCAAUGAGAAGCAACCGCAGCGGGGCCGGCAAGCCCAUCAUGAAGUGAUAGAGCUCGAUGACGAUUCGAACAACGAUGACGAGUAUCGGCCGCCAUCCAGUCGCCAGCCUCGCCGAGCCCGCGGGGUCAGGUUCGAACAAGGGCCGCGCAGUACAUCGACCGGACACUCGAAGUCCAGUCAUCCGCGCGAAGUAGACUCGAAGUCGAAGCGCAGGAAGAGUGGCGGAGGCGUCAAGGGCAACAAAUUAGACAAGGAUGCAAAGAAGGGCAACAAGACUCUGACACAGAUGGACUAUGUGCGGCGCUAUCUGAAGAUAGAACCGGACGAUGAGGUGAAGUUGGAAUAUACUUAUACCACGCCAAAAAAGAACGACAGGAAGCAAGCGAAUCGGCACUCUGCUGGUAAUCUGGCCCCGCAGUCGGACCGUUUCUCCGACCAAGAGGCCUCAAGCGGAGGCAAGAAACGAAAAUUGAGCAUCGCUGCUGAUACGAAGGUCAAAUUGGAAAAUGAGAAGGAAAAUUACCCUCUAGACCCUGGCUCCGUGACCCCUCGGGCGAAGCGGGAGCGUGAGAUACCGUCGUCUCAGUCGCCUGAAAGCUCGGGUCUCGCAUUCAUCACUUCCUCGCAGUUCCGUACCGCAACUCAUUCGCCGUAUAAGCGCGACGCUGCCGACACUGCAGGCCAGUGUAUAAAGCAAGAAUCGCCACUCUUGCAACGCAUCAAAAAAGCGUCUCAUAGCCCGCCGAGUGAAAUUCCAGAAUCUAAUGAAUCUCAACCUGCCGCUUUGGUUCCAGACUCGCCAUUACCGCGCAAUUCCGCCAGUGACCAAGGAAGCAUUGCUCUAUUAUCCGAACAAGUGAAGUCGGAGGAGUCCAUUGAGCAUCAUAGAAUCAGUGAACAUGUCCCUAAUACUCAGAGAACCGUGGUAUAUGAGACAGACGCGGAAACAGAUUACGGUGACCUGGAAGAUGAUCUGCCUAAUCCCAUCGAAUCACCUCGACAGAGGAAGGUACCGCAUUACGAUCCCGGUGCAGCCAAUCUCGAGCAUGAAGAUGCCACAGAAGAGAGCUCACAGGCUCUUCCUCCAAUGGCUCCUCCGGAGAUGGAAGAAGAGUCGGAGCAGCUGCAUCUAGAUGAUAAUCCCACUUCAGAUGCAUCAUCGAUAUACUAUCACAGAAUCCAGCCAGCCACUCAGUUCCCCCUUGGACCAGUGCCCAAUCUGAACACCCAGAGACUGGCCGAGCUAUUUCCGGAUGAACGCAACGAUGAAAGCAUCGCUACCAUGUCAUUGACAGAGCCAUCUUCUAAAACUCCCAAACGCAUGACUGUUGCAUCUGAGACCCAAUCUCUGGAUCCUGAGACGUGCAUAGAUUCAGAUCAGACAUUGACUGAACUUGUUCCGGAAUCUUCGCCCAUUGUACGACAUGAUAGCGGAAGCGCCAAUUUCCGGACGCCCGCUCACUGUCUUGCUUCGCGAGAUAUAGUACAAGUCGAGUCGUCACAGCCAGCAGACAGGCAUCGUAAUCGCUCCCAGAAUCAAGAUGACUCGGGUCCUCGCGGCUUGAUCAGGAGAAGUGACCUACUCACCUCAAGCGUGAUGGAAAGCAUUCCACUGCCGGUAUUCUUGAUGGAUAGUCAGGACACAGUUGGAGAACCCUACAGCUCGCCCAAGGGAACGUAAUUUCCGAGAAUUGAGUUUGAAGACACCCAAGUAUAUGAUACAUAAUGAUAUGAGUACAUGAAUGACA